CUUGGUUGACUCACAUGAUCAGCCCAUAUCUGACGACGGCAAAAUAACAACAGGAAUAGUGAACCAUGAAAAUGAAGAGAGAUUUUUUACUAUUCUUAAUAUCUGUGGUAUUAAGCAAUUAUUAUAUGGUUCAUGGGAAGGAUGGACAUUGUUCGUGGUAUGGUGAAUGUGGUGACUCACCGACGGGGAAAUAUAACUGCUUGUAUACAGGACUAGCUAAACCAUUAACAAACGAGACAGGAUUAAAAAUUCUUAAAACUUACUGUCCAGAUUUACUUGAGGAAAAAGGUGAUACUUACACAUGUUGUGACACAGAUCAGCUGGUUACUAUUCAGAAGAAUAUGGGAUUGCCACAACAGUUUUUUCUACGAUGUCCUUCCUGUUACCGCAACUUUCUUAAUCUAUACUGCUACCAGACUUGCUCAAAGAAUCAGAGCAAUUAUGUAUACAAUGUGAAAACUGAACCAGUGCCAACUAACAAAAACAAAACACAAAUUACAAAAAUAGACUAUUUCAUAACCCACGCCUAUGCUAACGGUAUGUUUAAUUCCUGUAAGAGUGUACAGAUGCCGAGUGCUAAUGAACGAGCGAUCACGGUUUUCUGUGGCCAUCCUGCUGAUCAGUGCACUAUUAAGAACUGGCUACAAUACAUGGGAGAUACUACCAAUGGACACACCCCUUUUGAUAUCAAUUUCAAUAUCACCGAUACACCAAUAACUCCGAAUACAACAAAUACCACAUUUUAUCCCAUGGAUGUUACUACGUCUCUUUGUAACGAAACUGCACUUAACAAGUCUGCUUGUAGUUGUCAAGAUUGUACGCUUAGCUGUGCUCCGUUGCCACCUUUCCCAAAACCUCCAAAACCAGCUACCAUCUUAGGCUUUGAUGCCUGGUACUUUAUUAUGUGUAUAUUGUACAUUAUUUUCGUAUUGUUUUUCGGAACUUAUGGAUUGUGUUACAAUAUUAUACAUCGGAAUGCUUUUGGAAUCAAACAAAAGAAGUAUGAUAGUAUAGAAGAAAGACCUGCUGGUAGAACUGGAAGUAUAAAUGGACAUGGCCAAUCAAGGAUGAAAAAAUUGUCAGCGCCACUUGUCGAGGAAAAGGAUAUUAACUGUUUAGAAAAAAUUGGAGCUGCUGUUGAGAAAUUUUUGAGGAACAUAUUUCUAACAUGGGGGUUAUUUGUAGCACGACAUCCUGUAAUUGUAAUAGUACUUGGUGUACUAAUCGCUGGAGCUUUGUCGGCCGGACUAUACUUUUUUAAGGUCACAACCAACCCAGUAGAACUUUGGUCUGCUAAGAACAGCAGGGCACGCACAGAGAAGGACUACUUUGAUUCCCAUUUUGGGCCAUUCUACAGAACUGAACAACUGAUUGUGACCAGACCAAACAAUAAUACAAUAGUAAAACAUAAGAAUCCAGGAUCUAUUGUCUCAUAUACAGACUAUACUUCUUUGUUUGAUAAGGAUUUUUUACAUAUGCUUUUGGAUCUUCAACUUGAAAUAGAAAACUUAACAGCAACCUACAAAGGUGAAACAGUCCGACUACAAGAUAUCUGUUUCAAGCCGCUUGCUCCAGACAAUAACAAUUGUACAACAGAGAGUGUGUUAGAAUACUGGCAGAAAAGUCAUGAAAAUAUUGACAAAGUAGCAAUGACUCCUGAUGGAUGGUUUGUCAAGGCAGAUUACCUUGAUCAUUUCAAGUUCUGUGUUAGUGCCCCAGCUUCUACCCAAGAUACAGUUGGACUAAAUAUUUCUUGUCUAGCCACUAAUUCUGCUCCUAUAUUUCCAUGGGUAGCCAUGGGAGGAUAUGAUGGUUUAAAUUAUCAAGACUCGACAGCAUUUGUCAUCACUAUUCUAGUCAACAACCACCUUAAAGAUGAAGACAAUGAAAAAGCUAUGGCGUGGGAGAAAGUUCUUAUAGAUUUCAUGAAGACCAGACAAAAUGGUCCGAACAUGACAAUUGCCUUUAACACAGAGCGCUCAAUUGAAGAUGAAAUCAACAGAGAAAGUAGCUCUGAUAUUUGGACAGUUUUGGCUAGUUACCUGAUUAUGUUUGGGUACAUAACAUUAACUCUUGGACAGUAUGGAACAUGUGAAAAUCCACAAAAACUGCUGAUUGAUUCCAAGAUAACAUUAGGACUAUCAGGAGUAACAAUUGUACUAUUAUCAGUAGCUGCCUCCCUCGGGACCUAUAGUUACUUUGGAAUACCAGCAACACUUAUCAUAAUAGAAGUGGUACCAUUCUUAGUCUUGGCAGUCGGUGUGGACAACAUCUUUAUUUUAGUCCAGGCCUAUCAGCGAGACACUAGACCACCAGGUGAAAGUUUAGAAGAACAGAUUGGCAGAAUUGUAGGGAGAGUGGGGCCAAGCAUGUUACUGACUAGUUCUGCAGAAUCAAUAGCUUUCUUCCUGGGUGCCCUGACAAACAUGCCAGCAGUCAGAGUUUUCUCCCUUUAUGCUGCCUUGGCUGUUUUAAUUGACUUUUUGCUACAGAUAACAGUAUUUAUUGCAUUAAUGACAAUUGAUGCCAAAAGACAGGAGGGUGAUAGAUUUGAUGCAUGUUGUUGUAUUAAAGCACCAAGAAGUAAAAAGGAGAAACAUGAAGGCUGGCUCUUCUAUCUGUUCAAACAUUUCUAUGCUCCAUUCAUCCUCAAGGAAUAUGUCAGACCAAUAGUGAUACUUGUGUUUACAGCCUAUUUCUUUGUGAGUGUAGCAGUAUUACAUAAAAUUGGAUUAGGACUGGACCAGAAACUCUCCAUGCCUGAUGAUUCUUACGUAUUGAGAUAUUUUGGAAAUGAAUCUACGUACCUGCAUGUCGGUGCACCUGUAUACUUUGUUGUGAAAGAGGGACAUGAUUACACCACACAACAAGGACAGAAUGCUCUGUGUGGAGGGAACGGCUGUCCUCAGGACUCACUGGUCGGUCAGCUCUAUACUGCCAGUAAACUAGCUAACUAUACAUAUAUAGCCCAGCCUACUUCUUCCUGGCUAGAUGACUUCUUUGAUUGGUUGGCUCCAGGAGGAAGUCCUCCCUGUUGUAGACUGUUUCCUAAUGGUACUUUCUGUCCUGCUACAGUAGUUGACAAAACUUGUAAGACUUGUCCUGUGAACAAAAGACCUGAUGGCCGACCAACUCCACAAGACUUCAUGAGAUAUCUACCAAUUUACUUAAAGGAUAAUCCAGGGACCAAGUGUGCUAAAGGAGGUCAUGCUGCCUAUGGAAGUGGAGUUAAUAUUAUUCACAACAAAACACAAGUAGGAGCGACCUAUUUUAUGACCUACCACACAAUACUGAGGACAAAUGAGGAUUUUAUUGGAGCUUUACGUGAAGCUAGGAAGAUUGGAGAAAACAUAACAAAAACCAUCACUACUAAAACCUCUAAUGCAACUGUAUUCCCUUACAGUAUUUUCUAUGUAUACUACGAGCAGUACCUGACAGUUGUACAUGACACCAUAUUUAACAUUGCUCUGUGUAUGGUAGCCAUCUUUGUUGUCACCUUUAUCCUGAUUGGAUUCGACUUUUUCUCCGCCGUGCUGGUUGUUCUCGUGGUAUCCAUGAUUGUUAUUGAUAUAUGUGGCAUGAUGUACUUCUGGGAUAUCACACUUAAUGCUGUUUCAUUGGUCAAUCUAGUGAUGGCUGUUGGUAUAGCUGUUGAAUUUUGUGCUCAUAUAGUCCGAGCUUUUGCUGUGAGUUUACAGCCAACCAAACUAAUGAGAGCAGAGGAAGCUCUAGCACAUAUGGGAAGCUCUGUACUUAGUGGUAUAACAUUGACUAAGUUAGGAGGAAUUAUAGUUCUAGCUUUUUCUAAGUCCCAGCUUUUCCAAGUAUUUUACUUCAGAAUGUACCUUGGAAUGGUGUUGUAUGGUGCUACACAUGGUCUUAUAUUCUUGCCAGUGUUACUCAGUUAUAUAGGUCCACCAAUAAAUAAAGCCAAACUUUAUGAUGCUCAACAAAGGAGAAAACAUUUGUCAGCAGACUCGGACAAUGAUGACAUUAAUUCUUCUCGACAGAAUCUUGUGAGUGAUAGUGGUGCUCCGCCAGACUAUAACACCUUAGCUGAUCCAGCAAUUUGAUAGAGUUAUCUUUCCUUCAUAUUACAGAGUUAUCUGCUCUUUAUUUGCUCAGGAGUGGAUUAUUCUAAUGAGCAAUUGAUCCAUGAGAUUAUACACAAUUGAUCUAUCAGUUUAUUAUCAAUUGAUCCACCAGAGAUUAUAAACUUUUUUUGUCAUGACAGAAUCAUGUAUGAAAUUAUUGAUUACAAUUCAUGUUAUUUGUUAAUUAUAAGGGAGGUAAUUUAGUGUUCGUUUAGGUUUAUUUAUUUUCCAUAUCUUAAAGGGUAAACAAAUAUUACAAGGUUUGCACUCUGUCUCAACUGAAUUUCUCCAAAUCAAUUUGAAGUUGUUUCCCUUUAGCUCACAGUUAAAUAAUUCUGAUUGAUGCAGAAUAACUGCUGUGUAAUAAAAUAGUCAUAGUAGAAUAAGGUACUUUUUACCUAAUGAUGAGUCAAAAUUCAGGAAUGUCAAAUUGAAUUACAAAUAUUCUGAAACUAUUAUGAUCAAAACAAACAAAGAUAGAUUGAAUAUGAUUUUAUCAUGAAUGAGAACAAAUUCAUUAUCCUCAUAAUUAUAUUUUUAUUAUCAUUGUUCGCACUUCUUCAUAAAUGUAUAUUAUUUCUGUGCCUUUAUAACAAAUCUAAUUCAUGAUCACACUGUAUAAACGAUUUACUUCACACAAUUAAAAUUACAGUACACUUCAUCUUUGUAGUAUACUCAUGUUUUGAAUGUUGAAUGCUUUUAUAUAUUACCGCAACAGAACAAUUAUGAUAGCUUUAUUCAUACUGAUUCCCAAAAAAUUAUAGAAUUCCCAAUUUAAGAAUAUAUGGAUUCUAGGUACUUUUUCUUGAAAUGAGUGCACAAAUGACUACUGCUGGUUCAUUCAGUCACUUCUGGUUGACAUUUUGCAAGGUCAAAUGUCCCUUAACAUUUUACAAAAGAUGUAAUUCAGGUCCGAAUCCAAAGUAAAAAUUCACUUUUGUCCAACUAUCCCAUAAAAUUUUCCUUGAUAAUCCCCAUAGUUAAGAUCCUAUUGUUUUGUGCUUAAUAUAGAGCUUAAUAUUUUAAUUAUGCCCUGCCUUAAAUUGUAGGAAUUGUACAAUUCUUUUAAACACAAUCUCCAUACAUUAUGAACAAAUUAGACUGAUCAAAUGGCAUGUACUUGUCCUCGUCUGGUUGUAGUAAGAACUCCCAUCCUAAUAUCUCUAUGUAGCUAGUCCUGAAAUUGCAAUACUUAUUCUAGCAUUUUUGUCCUUUCUUUAAGGAAUAACUGUUAUGUUUUUUCUGUCUAUGAAGAAAUAACAUAAAAAAAUUGGUGCACACUGAAUAACGCGUGUAGUGGGUUAUUUAACAGUGUGCACCACAUUUUCAUUUUAAACCGUAGAAAACCAUGAUAAAACGUUGAUGACAUCACGGUCACAUGACUAAAUUAUGUAUAUGGGUUGAUAACACAAUAUCGUCAGCCAAUCAGAAGAUGUGUUACAUCCAAAAUUAGAUUAUUCAAAAAUAGAAAUGAUAAAUGCAAGCAAUAAUUUAUAAAUUUACCAAGACACUUUAAAUAAGAAUUCCUCAUUAAUCAUUUAUAACAGGUAUUGACCAUGUAAAUGUUUGUGUUUAUGGUGAUUUCUUUGUGAAAAAAAUAAACACUUUUCAAUUGGAAAUGAAGUAAACUAUUUGUUAACAUUGACCAUUACUUAGCUCAAGGUUUGUAGAUAUUGAUCAUGUGAUAUUAAAAAUACACAACAUACUGUGUAUUUAUUAAAUCAUUGGAUACAUGAAUCAGUUUACAUUGACUUGAUGGCUUCGAUGAAAUAUGAUUUUAAGUACCCUUGGAAAUACAAAUUCAAGAUACAAUCAGAGUCCUUUUUUUUUAAAUAUUGCAAUACCCUCUACUCUUGUGAAAAAUCCACACCAAUGAAACAAGCGCAUUUACAACGUCAGUAAUACACAUGUUAGUUGAGAUAAAAUAUUUAUUAAUAAUUGUUAUAAUUAUGUUUGUACCAUGUACAAGUGCUUCCUUUACAUGUGUUUGUAAUUGUGUGUAUUUACAAUGUUUGAAAGUGCUGAUAACAGAAAUCUUUUGUGAUAAUUUGUAAAUUAAAAUGAAUAAUCAAUUUC